AAGUUUGCUGGGACUUCAGUUUGGUUGGAAGAAUAUGGUGUACAUUUAAUGGUCAGCAGAGUAGUGUUUUCAUAUACAGGAAUCAGAUGGGAUCCACAAAUUUCCUUAUUGUAUGCACAAGUCUACGAUAAGAAUUGGACCGAGUUACAUGACGUUGAUUUGAUUAUUCCGAUUAAAAACCCUACUAAUUUACAAAGAGAGUACAAAAGGUACACUUUCCCUAGAUUCAUGCCAAUUCCAUUCUAUUACAAUUCGAAUUUAAUGACGAAAAGAUGGUAUGGGCCUGAAGAUGCAAGAUUAUUCUUAAUGAAAAAUGAAUAUAAUGAGACCGAGCCAGCUUUGAUCUUUAAUGCAUAUCACAGAAAACCGGUUAAGAAUUCCAUUUCCAAUGAUGACAAAUCUGCCAGUAUAAAUUUUCAAAUGUAUAGGUCAAUGUUCAUUGGUUUCUUGUUCCAAUUUCAGCUUGGGAAAAGAAAUACAGACGGGACAACAGACGAAAGAUUUGAUCACAUACAAUAUAAUAGAGUGGCUGAAUUGAGAAUCAAAUCAAGGGAAAGAAAAGAAAUCGAAAAGAACUGGACUCCAAUUGUCGAUCUUAAAGAUUCUGAAAACAUAAAUUUGAUAUACGAAGCGGAACAUUUAACUAUUCUCAAAUGUCCAUUGAAGACAGUUUACAAGGGGGAAAUAACCUGCGACAUCAGCUUUAACCAGCUGAGGUUGUUUGGGCGAAUGGGUGAAGUCAGAGGGGGAACUGAACUAAUUCCAAUAUUAAACGAGAAUGAUCCAAAUAAGCAAACUUGGAUCGGCUUCUUGCGUGCUCAUAUAAAUGAUUGUGGGUGUGGGGCAUCAAUGUACAGGCCAAAUUUCAUUGUAUUAACUAGAAUCCUAGACUCAUACAAGAUCACUCAUUUAUCAAGUUCCAUCUCCUUUGAUAUACCUGUUACAGGUUCGAAAAAUUCAAGUAUUGUAUGUGAUGAAACCGGUCCGAAUGUUUUGAUACCAAAUGGAAUUUCUAUGUGGGAAGUUGAACCUAAAACUGGUGUUGAUUAUUUAACAUUAUCGUUGUCCGUUGCUGACGAGAGUAACAGUGUCUUGCAUAUAACAGGGAUCAGUUCUCUUUUAGAUGAUAUCCAGAAGAGACAAGAUGACAUCGGUUACUGGUAUGAUGAAGCUGCAAUCAAAGAUAUGUUCGAAUGUGUUUUGCAAACUAGUAAGGAUUUUUGCAAAUUGUAUGGAGAAGAACAAAUAAAGUUGGGGAAGAGCGACCAGGUAAAUGCUUCGUAG